CCUUGGUGAUGUAUAUACAUUUGUGAAUAUUAGCCUCUUCUAUUAAGUAUUCUGUAACAGUUGAAAUGAGUGAGAAAAAAUAUGUUGGCCUCAGUGGAGAAUACAAGCGCUUUCAUAAAUUGUUGAAGCCAUUGAAGAAAAUUCAUAAAGACACCUUACAUGCCAUCCACAAUCUAUUUGAGUCUGAUGACCUUUAUCCAGAACAAGUGGAAAGCAUCAAGCCAACUGAAGGAGAACUGCAUGCAUUGCAGAAGCUCUUGAAUUCACCACUGUCCAUCAUCAUAGCAGGCCAGGACAAUUAUGGGAAAGUUGUUGUGCUCACAAAGCUCCUAGGUACUCGGCUGCUGCCUUUUGCUGGCCAACAGCACACAUGUAACACAGUUGACAGCAGCAGCUUCAUCCACAACAGUAGUUUGGAUCAGGUCAGUUGUUCUGCCCUAAGUGAUGCAACUCAUGACUAUGGAGCCAGAGACAGCACUGCAUUUCCUCUUUACCUUCCAGCUUGUGAGGACACAAAGCUUUUUAAUUGUGAUAUGCAAGCACAGCAAAGAAUUGAGUCCUCUAGUAAUGGAAAACAGGAGCGUCCAUGGAGAGGGAUUCGCAUUUCAUACUCUUCCAGUCAAGUAACUUACUCGGUUGUACGACCUGAGAAUGUUGGUUCUUCUUGCCCCUGUGAAGAUGAUGAGAAUCCUAUUACUGCUGCACAAAAAAUUCCAACUCCUUCAAAUACACCAACUGCCAUCCUUUUUAAUUCGCCAAGUGAGUUUUCAGAAGCAUCAACUCAGCCGGUGGUUAGUACAACCUCUGUGCAGACGACUGCAAGAAUAAGUCCAUUCUCAGGACGCCUGCAGGGAGCAGUUGUAACUGGCCAGACCAGCAACCAUCCUGCUUCAUCACUGCCACUAAAUGAAGACAUCACCAUUGCUCAGCUGGAGGACUUGUUGGAAAAUAAACUUAGAACACAUCUUGAGCAAAAACAGAAGAUGGAAGAGGUUGAUGCCAAUCUGAUCAGACCUGAAAAUGCCAUCAAGGAAGUACCUUUGUCUGAGAUAGAGCUAUCAAAUGAACAUCUGCAGGACCCAAUCUUGCGAGACGCUCUACUGGACAUUUGUUUGAAUCAUUGUCUCCUGAAAGAGCAAGUACAAAUCAUCGUAACACCCACCAUAAAUAAAUAUAAGUGUUCAAAUGUUGCUCGGAACAAGGCUCCAGGUGAGAGUUCGUUAACUGCUUCUUCUAGCAACAAGGAAAAUGAGGCUGUGUGCACGACUGAGAGGGUACACAGUGAAAGAACCCCAAAAGAUUCUCCACUACGAAGUGUUCCUCUAGAUAUUCCAUGUACAAACAUUAUCCCUCCAUCACCAAAAAUCGAAAUCCCGAAGCCAAUGAAGUUUUUGCAUCAGAACAAAUAUUGCAGCGACUUAGUAGAGGCCUUGAUUGACACACAAUCUUCUGUGCUGGCGUUCGGCACUCCUUUCUCAUCGUUGCAUCCACCUCAGUUCGGGAGGUCGACGCCAUCGUUGCUCUCGUCUCAUUCCUCUCACGAGUCUCUUAAUUCUUUCAAAUCUCUUCCCAUAGAGACUUCCAUGUAUCAGACACCUGUUGCUUCUUACGUUGUUCCGUUACCUAAACUCGUUCGUUCUUCAUCCCAUCCAACUGCUUUGGAUCCACCUGGACUCGUUCCACCAACUGUCCUCAACGGCCAGCCAUUUCCCUCAAGUUGUAACCCAGCUGAGAUUGCAACCUCCCGAGAGUUUGAAACUAAAACAAAAUCGUCGUACAAGUUUUCUGCGGCUGGGAUGCAACUUCCGUCUCCUAUAAGCGGGGCCGUUGGGACGAUCGGAUUGCCUGAACCCUCAAUUCCAAAUUGCAUUUCACCAUCUACAGGCUUUUCUGGUACUGACGAACCUACUACUGGCGGAUUAACUGCCACCUGUAGUUCUGCGAGCGUCGACAGUUCUGUGGAGGAUUGUAAGGGCUUCAUGGGAACACUUUUGCCUAACGUCAAUGCUGUCAUUCUCUAUGCCGUCACCAAAGACCACUUCACCCCUCAGAAUAUCGACGAGCUGCAGGAGAUCAGGAGCCAUACGCCGCCUUGCCCAGUGAUUUUCGUGCGCGUACCUCCCAUCCUGGGCGCGCUCAGCGAGCUACCGCACGACCAGCAACGACGUCUCCUGAUAGACACGGGAAUCCUCCGUCCCUUCUCUGAUAUACCCGCCGAUGUAGAUCAGGAGCCUUCCGAAAAGAGAAACUCUUGUGAAAAACCUCUAACUGGCAUUAAAGUUAAUGAUGAAAAUACUAAAGGCUUCCGCGAUGAAAGCACUGAAGCUGAAAAUGCGUUUAGUGUUGGUGAACGAGAAGCUGCAGAUUGUGCUGCGACAAUAGUGCCUGUCGACACACCUGAACCUAUGACGAUGGAUAAGGACGUGCACGAAACUAAGGUCUUUGUCGACGACGUUCAUGUUUUGGAGGCGCCCAAAAUAAAUGAAGAUGAAGUAUCGUGUAAUGAAUGUCUUACCCCUGCAGGAAAUGAAGCAGAUGCUCAUCCUAUGGUGUUUAUGAUGGACAAUACGCCAGUGAUGGGGGCAGGUCCUACGAACGACGUGACCAAACCUCUUAAGGGAAAAACAGUCAAAUUUUCCGAUAAUGCCCGCGAUAACGAGAAUCGAAUCAAGGCUGGAAUAUCUUCUAAAGCGAACGACCUGCGCUUUGGAAAACGGGAUAAAAAUUGUAUUACAGCCGGCAACUGUUGUGAAUCGUAUACGGGAGAGGAAGCUAAGAAAAUUCGGAAGCUGACAAGUGAUAUCUACGAGUUAGCUGAGCGACAACGUGAUGACGCUCUAUCCCGCCCUAACGUCGAAACAAGUUGCAGUCAACCUUCUGAUGCGAGGGUGGGCCAGUCGAGCUGUACCGUCCAACGCCCCAUUAUCAAGAAACGCUCCGAGAAAAACUGGUGCAAGAUGCCUGCGGAGAUCUUGCGCGUUUUAAAUUAUGAUCUUAACUUUUUGAGCGAAGACGAGAACACGGCUAGCCCACACGUCGUGCAUUGUCAUCUGAUGUGGGAAGAUCUGAACAUUUCUGAGAUCUCCAGAAACCCAUUUAUCCAGUCAUACAGCAGGAAACCUCACUCUGCUGUCGAAGCCAACUUGGUUGCGAAUUUAGGCUCAUUUUCAGAUAUCUUGAAUGACUCUGAAGAGACCGAAACUUGCGAGGAAAACCGAGAAAUUGCGUGUACUGAACUGUGCGUCGCGUGUGGCGUCAUUGAAAGCUUCGCUGAUUUUGAUAAACUACAUGCGUGGAUCAAACUGGUCUUACGCAGCCACGUCGCCUACACAUCAGAACUGCUCAACAAGAUACAAGGCCGCUGUCUCUCCAGCUUCGUGGUGUUCGCGUUCGAGUUCACCCGGCAGAUGCAGGUUGCUCCACGGCGUCUUGAGUACGCACGGCAGCAGGAGGAGCAGCUGUACGACGAACUGCUCGCCGUCGCGCGCAACAAGGAAGAGAACAUUAGGCUCCUCAUCGCCAAGACGCUCGACCAGGACAGAGAUCUCCUACUGCGUCGGGUUCAGCAAAUGCCGCUUGAAGGCGGGAGCGAGACGUGGGAGGCGGCGGUGCAGGAGUGCGUGUUGCGUGAGGUGAACAAGCGCGUGGGGCAGCAGUUGGUGUGUGGGGUGCAGGGGCUGCGUGAGAAUUGUUUGGGCACGCUCAGGCGCUGCCUGGCGCAGCUCGAGGAACACUGCAGCAAAGAGCGUGAUCAGGCCAGCGUCUCUUUCGCCCUAAAAAAACUCGUCAACGCCGCGUAUCAGGUCGAGGUUCGCCCCACGUCCUCGUGGGGUCUGCUGCGCAGCAUGUGGGAGCGUAUCAAGGAGCUGCUCACCGGGGGUGCGUCCGCUCCUCUCGACGAAGGUGCCUCCCUCAGGCGCAGGACCGCCCCAGGGUCGCGGGAAUGGAAAAGACAAAUCGCCGCCGACAUGAUCAGGGGCCUCAGUGAGAAGAGACUGGCACGCACCAUAGCUGCCCAGAUAAGUGGCGAAAUAAAGGCUGCACACAGCAUGUUCCUGAGCUACAUGGAGCUGCUGGAGACACAACUCAACGAAAUGAACAACAGCAUUGAGCGCAGGAAGGAUCAACUGAAGGGUGUUCAUGCCCCAAAGCUUGCCAAACUUGCCCUUCACACAGACGCUAUCAACAACAGAGUCAAAUAUGGCUUGCCGGUGCUGGGAGGAGAGCUCGGUCGUGGUCACUUCGGCGUUGUUUAUUCGUGCAAAAGUUGGGCGAAAUAUUCACCGUGCGCCGUCAAGACGCUCCUGCCCAGAGACAGCGCUCAGUGGCGGGAUAUCGCCCUCCAGUAUCACUAUACAAGGUUGAUGGGCUACCACCCCCGUAUCGUUGGUAUCCACGCUUGUCUCAUCGACAAGUACUACGGCGAGGGCAACAAGCCCGUUCCGGGGCGCGCUGGGGGCGGGCGCGAGCGCUGGGGCAGCGGCUCACGGAGUGGAGCUAAGGCUCAUGGCAGCAAGAGCGGUGCGCUCAGCAACCAAUGCGUGCUACUUAUUAUGGACAUGCACGAGUGCGACCUCGACACCGCCAUCAGGAGGGGACUACUGUGGUACCAGAGGCUACGGAUUGCACUUGACGUGGUACUUGGCAUUCGUUUCCUGCAUUCACAAGGCCUCAUCCAUCGUGACAUUAAACCAAAAAACGUUCUUAUCGACGUUAAAGGUCGCGCUAAAGUCACCGACUUGGACUUCUGCAAGCCUGAAGCCAUGAUGACGGGCAGCAUCGUGGGCACCCCCAUCCACAUGGCGCCCGAGCUCUUCUCGGGCAACUACGACAGCAGUGUCGACGUUUAUGCGUUCGGUGUUCUUUUCUGGUACCUGUGCUCCGGAAAAACGAACAUGCCACGCAACUUUUGUCUCCAGAAAAGCAAGGAAGAUCUCAAAGUAGCGGUCUUCAAAGGAGUGCGGCCGGAGUGCCUCUCGACGUUCAGCCCGGAGUGUUGGGCCAUCAUGGAGCAGUGCUGGGCCUCGGACCCCAGGGACCGUAUUUUGCUGGGUUUUGUUGAGGACCGUCUAUCCGAAAUGCUCAAAAAGAGCUUGGAUGACAUGAAAGAAGAAGAUGGAAACAGCACUUUUCUCAACACGACCGGCGGAAGUGAAAACUCUGAUAACGACUCUUAUUCUAGCGUGUCGGAUGACUCAGAAUGACCGCUACAUCGUAAGGAAUGACGAAGAAGUAUUAGAUGUUUAGCGAGUCGAGGAUCUUGGCAGGAGCUAAACUAAGUAGUUAAAAAAAUAUACAAGUAAUUGUUGACUUGCAAACAAUGGUGUUCAUAUUCUCAGGGAAGUUGGUUCUCAUCAUGCACAGAUUCUACACGUAUCAUUUAUUUGCUCGUCAAUUACCAUUUAACAUAAAUGUGUCCUCAACAAUCAUUGCAAUUAUUGUACGUGUUUUCUUUUGAAUGAAACGGGCUCUCACGCCGAACUCAAAUAAACAUAUUGGUUUUUUAGAUGAAUAAUAAUUCAUCUUAUUGCUUUUUACUAUCUCUAUUUUUAGAGAUAAUAUAUUUCGAUUAGGCCGCGUAAAAAUUGAGAUUAGAAGUUCUAAACUCUAUUUCAAAUGCCUUGAAUUUCGCCGUUUUAGUUUAUUGUCACUUAUGUACAUGAUUUAGCUGACUUACAGCACGUAUUUAGUCGGUUUUCGAACUAUUGAUCAAUAUUAAUCAUGUAUAGAGCGAGAUAUAUCUGCUCUCUUGUAUCCAAUUAAUCUGCGGCAUAUCAAAUUUACCCGGUAGUCUCAAGUGAGUCUUUAUUGCAGAAGCUUUUCGUGAAAUAAUUUCCCAGCGAUCCUUUAACGAUCUAAAAACGGUGUUUUGAUUAUAGAAAAAGUUGUUAAUUUUUAAUAGAUGUGCCUGUCAAUGGUGACACGUCUGUCCCUGUCGCAGACUCGUAGGUACAGUAUCUCAGUUCCUGUAAGGCGACAUCUGUUACACUUUCUCACGUGUCAGUGGCUCUGAUUUCGUCCAACUGUCGAUUUCAGAGCAUCUUGUCAGAAGUAAUGUAAUCUUAGCUAUUAUAUUGUACAACUGAAGCGCUGUCGCAAUCUCCCGUGUAGUGCCGCUGUGACUAUGACGGCGAUGAACUCGCUGCAUAAGGGGUGGGUUAGAAUAUGACGAUAGCAGUUCAUAACUUUCACAGGUGAAUGUUUGUGAUAUUUGUCAUAAGAGAUCUUUCAAAUUUCCUAUUGCAGAAAGAUAUAAAGCAUAUAUAUUAUUUUAAAUUUAUAUUAUUCAA